UUUCUCUCUUGACUGGCCACACAUUCACUGACAAACUGAUUUAUUUGGGUCAUUGAGGAUUCCUUUGGAGCAUGGAUUGAGCCAAGUAAUGUGGAGAAGGGUUUUUAUUUAGGCUAGCAGUCUUCAGUCUUUGUUUACUGUUGAGCAUCAUUAUGAUAUGGACGACUGUCAAGUUCCAGUGAUAAAUUCAGGCAAAGUCAAGUUACAGACAUCCUCAACCCUUUUACAAACCUUUGGUCAGCUGAGCGUGUCAAUAAUGCCACACAAUGGCUGCCUUAAUAUUCAGAUCAUUGAAGCCAGAGGACUCCUUGGGAAUGAAAAUAGGAAAUGUGAUUUUUAUGUCAAGCUAGCGAUUAUCCCAGACCUCAAUCACAGUACACAUCGGAAGACCGAAACUGUAUUAGACUGCAAAAAUCCUCUCUUCCUUGAGACCUUUUUGCUGGCUAUUAGUGUGGAGGAUUAUCAGAAGAGACUGCUGGUCACUGUGUGGAAUCGCAACCCAUCCUCCAGGAGGAGUGAGUUCCUGGGCUGCAUGAGUUUUGGAACACACUCGCUCAUAACUUCAUCAAAGGUGAUCAGUGGCUGGUAUUAUCUCCUGGGCGAAGAGCUGGGGAGAAGCAAGCAUCUGAAAGUGGCUUCGAGACACCUCACAGGCAGGCAGGACUCUGCUGAUGAAUUGAGACUGGCGCAUCUGGCUUCUAAGCCACGGGAAGCUGCCUUGUCCAAACAUGGUGCUCCAGCCUCUGGGACGGUGCUGCCUUCAAGCCCAGAGAAUAUGCUAUGCUUAACAGUGACUAUCCUUCGGGGUAAAGAUGGCUUCGGCUUCACCAUCUGCUCGGACUCACCUGUGCGUGUUCAGGCUGUCGAUCCAGGGAGUCCAGCGCACCAGGCUGGCUUACAGCAGAUGGACACUGUGCUGCAGCUCAAUGGCCAACCAGUGGAGCAAUGGAAGUGUGUUGACCUUGCUCACGCAUUCAGAAACUGCCACAAUGAGAUCACUGUAGUGGUAUGGAGGACCCUACCUAUUAUGAAGCCGUAUUUUGAGGGCCUGAUCCACAGACCGUCUUAUAAGGCCUCUGCCUACGACACUGUGGUGUCCCCGGCGGGGAAGAAACGAGACAAGACCCCGCCUUUGCUGACCCACCCCACCCAUGGCAGACGGAGUGGACGUAAGCAAGGGCUGGUGUCAGAGGGCGGCCAUGGAUCCUUGUGGAGGGACAAGCGAGAAGACAAGGGAGAGUACUACAAGGGACAGGAGCCAGACUACGGGACUACUAAGAUCAGGACUCGGACCCUCAAAGGCACCCGGGUGACCUCAUCAAAUGGUGACAACUACAUUAUCCUCUCCCCUGUGGACCCGGGAAGCCAGAUCUUGCAUCCCGUUUAUCAAGACCGGAAUGGUACACUUGGUAAGAUUUAUCAAAGUCACCCAAGCGGUGGACUUCAGAAGGGCAAUGGCUUUCUACAGGACACUGCUAGCGGGCUACAGGCCACAGGCUUAUCUUCUCAACGCUCCAUCAUCGGUAAGACGGCUACCAUGCUGCCCCCAUCUGGCUACCAACCCAGCUAUGGCAAUUACCAGAACUGCACCAUUGUCCAGUCUCAUCUGCCCUACUCCAAUUACGGAACCUACGUCACGCUGGCGCCCAAAACCCUCAUCUUCCCCGUCUUUGUUCAGCCCCUGGAACUGUGUAGCGAGCGAACACUUCUUCUCUCAGAGGAGAUGAUCCUGCAUGAGAGCCAGUGCAUGUCUAUCAAGGUGACAUUGCUCAUCUACACAGACCUGAUGCUGCUGACUAGGGAGGAUGAGGCAGGCCACUGUAAUGUGCUGCAGCCCCUGUACCUCCACCAGCUCCGCCUGCGGGAUGUUCCUGCUGAUGUUUUGAGGUUGUACAUCAUCCACUGGACAGAGAGGAGUGAGUGCCUGUUCAGUCUGGAGGCGUACACGGUGGAGCAGAAGAGGCGGGUACAUCUGUGCCUGCGGGAGAACAUUGACAAGCAUCUGGAGCAGAGGGAUACACUUGUAUAUGAUCAGAUGUUGGAACCAAUGGCUGAUGUCCAUUGUGAGCUCGGUAUCCUAAAUCUGGGCCGUCAAGCCACCGAAGAGCCCUCCUCACAUGGCCCUUCCUCCGAACCCUACAGCAUGAGCAGCCCGCCAGCCAAUAUCCCGAACCUCAUCCCCCUGGUGGUGCGCAGCACAGAGGACCUUGGACAGAAGUUGCCCCUCACGCCCCCCCCGUGUACCAUAGAUAAAACCUGCAACAGUAUGAGCCUUGAGAGAACGGGCAUCUGGAAGGAAAGGGAGAAGGUGGAGGGAGACGAGGAGAGGCAGCAGGGUGAGGGAGAGAGCGCCACUGAGACGUCAGAGACAGCGUGUAUGGGUGCCAUACCUCUGUCCCCCUCCCCGUCGUCCUCGCUCACAGUCCCAGACGCGCGCUUCCUCGAUCGCUCCUUCAACACAGAACCCAUGGAAGAAGAAGAAGAAGAGGAGGAUGAGGAGGACUGUGACAAAGACGGCCUGGAACGUCGGAGCAUCGGGGAAUGCUCUCCCUUUAGGAAGCGGGGUGAGGGCGUGAGCGGUGGUGACGAGCCUAGGGUCCUCCACAGACGCACGCUUAGCGAGGGCAGUCUGCUGCAGGAGCUGCGCUCGCCACGUUUCAUCUCCGACAGCACCAUCCACCGCCUGGACAGAGGCCACGCUCCCCCACCGGGCGGCUGGAUGCGGCCCUCCCCCAAGACCCUGAAGAAGGAGUUGACAAGGAACGGAGGCUCGGUGCACCAGCUCUACAUGCUCCUCUCAGGGAGGAAGGUAUGCAGUGAAUCUGACUGUAACUGUGAGUUUAAACAUGGCUGCACGAAAAAGAAGAAAUCCAUGAACCUGGCCAAAGACAUGAAAAAUCGCUUGACUUUCUUGAGGAAGAACGAUUUCCAUGGCAGCAACCCAACAAACGGGCUGGAGAAAGUCCUGAAGUCAGUCAAGCCCUCGCCAGAGGAGGCCCUGAAGUGGGGGGAAUGCUUUGAUACACUGCUGGCUCACAAAUAUGGAGUGGCAGUCUUCCAAAGGUUCCUGCAGACAGAGUUCAGUGAGGAGAACUUGGACUUCUGGUUGGCCUGUGAGAAGUACAGGAAAAUCAAAUCCCAGUUCAAAAUGGCCUCCCGAGCAAAACAAAUCUUCUCAGAAUACAUGUCCAUACAGUCCUGUAAAGAGGUGAAUCUGGACUCCUACACCCGAGAGGUCACGAAGGAGAACUUGCAGAGCACCUCGGCAUUGACCUUUGACCUGGCCCAGAACAGGAUCUAUGGCCUCAUGGAGAAGGACCCGUACCCUCGCUUCCUGCGCUCGGACCUCUACAGGGACUUGACCAACCAAAAGAGGUUCAACGCCAUGGUGCCAGAUCUGCCCUGAGUUGGAAGAGAGAUUGAGGACAUUGGAUGACUUGGAGCCCUGGUUUGUGUUCAUUAGAGGGAUGGACAUUGGAGAGCUGUGCCCAGGUGACAUUCACGUUGUCUAAAUUGGUUUAGAUUAUGGUUUGGUACUAUUUUUGUCAGUGUUAUAUACUUACCUCAUCUGAUUCUCCAUGGGCAUUUUCCCAACCUGGUUCUGUGGUCAUUGGUUUCUGACGAGUUAAUUUAAAAAAUGUUUUGAACAAAUACAGCUUCCAUAUCCUCAUGGGCCUUCCUGUUUGUGGCAUAGCCCAAACCUUCACUGCCUUCUAUUUCUGUGUGUAACACAGGCAGAUUUCUGACACUAUUCCAAAGACUAGAAGAUGCUAUACACUAUAUCUAGGAGGUGUUCAACAUAGCCAAGAGGCCUUCCAGUGUAUUCAAACCAUUGUGCAAUCAACAAACAUGGUGCAAUGAAAUCCCCCCCCCCCCCCCCCAAACAUUAUACAAGCAAUCCUAUAUGAUCUUUUAAUAUUUCAGCAUUGGAAGCUCUGCAAUACAAGGUGGUUGCCACUGCUUACAGAAAACCUUCACCAUCAGCAUCCAGAUUCUAAGUGCAAUAUGAAUGUUUUAUGUACAGUGCCUUCAGAAACUAUUCACACAACCUUUCCUCAUUUGAGAUUAAAAUGUAUUUCAUUGUAAUUUUUUUAUCAACGAUUUACACAAUACCCAAAACAUAUGUACAAAAAUAUAUAUAGAUAUAAAAGGAAAAUUAAACACUAAUAUAUCUUGAUUAGAUAAGUAUUCAACUGCCUGAGUCAAUACCUGUUAGAAUCACCCUUGGAAGCGAUUACAGCUGUGAGCCUUUCUGGGUAAGUCUCUAAGAGCUUUCUACACCUAGAUUGUGGAACAUUUGCCAUUCUUUACAAAAGUAGUCAAGCUCUGUCAAAUUGUUUAUUGAUCAUUGCUAGACAACAGAUUUAAGUAGAUUUUAAGUCAAAACUGUAACUCAGCCACUUUCACAAUCUUCUUGGUAAGCAACUCCAGUGUAGAUUUAGCCUUGUGUUUUUGGUUAUUGUCCUGCUGAAAGGUGAAUUCAUCGUCCAGUGUUUGAUGGAAAGCAGACUGAACCAGGUUUUCCUCUGAAAUUUUGCCUGUGCUUAGCGCAAACUCCCCAGUCCUUAACGAUUACAAGCAUACCCAUAACAUGAAACUAAGUUUUUCUUUUCACAAUUCCUGACAUUUAAUCCUAGUAAAAAUUCCCUGUCUAAGAUCAGUUAGGAUCACCACUUUAUUUUAAGAAUGUGAAAUGUCAGAAUAAUAGUAGAGAGAAUUAUUUAUUUCAGCUUUUAUUUAUUUCAUCACAUUCCCAGUGGGUCAGAAGUUUACAUACACUCAAUUAGUAUUUGGCAGCAUUGCCUUUAAAUUGUUUAACUUGGGUCAAACAUUUUGAGUAGCCUUCCACAAUAAGUUGGGUGAAUUUUGGCCCAUUCCUCCUGACAGAGCUGGUGUAACGGAGUCAGGUUUGUCAGCCUCCUUGCUCGCACAUGAAUUUCAGUUCUGCCCACACAUUUUCUAUAGGAUUGAGGUCAGGGCUUUGUGAUAGCCACUCCAAUACCUUAACUUUGUUGUCCUUAAGCCAUUUUGCCACAACUUUGGAAGUAUGCUUGGGGUCAUUGUCCAUUUGGAAGACCCAUUUGCCACCAAGCUUUGAGAUGUUGCUUCAAUAUAUCCACAUAAUUUCCCUUCCAUAUGAUGCCAUCUAUUUUGUGAAGUGCACCAGGCCCUCCUGCAGCAAAGCACCUCCACAGCACGAUGCUCCCACCCCCGUUCUUCACGGUUGGGAUGGUGUUCUUCAGCUUGCAAGCCUCCCCCUUUUUCAUCCAAACAUAACGAUGGUCAUCAUGGCCAAACAGUUCUAUUUUUGUUUCUUCAGACCAGAGGACAUUUCUACAAAAAGUACAUCCUUUGUCCCCAUGUGCAGUUGCAAACCGUAGUCUGGCUUUUUUUUAUGGAGGUUUUGGAGUAGUGGCAUCUUCCUUGCUGAGCGACCUUUCAGGUUAUGUUGAUAUAGGACUCGUUUUACUGUGGAUAUAGAUACAUUUGUACCCGUUUCCUCCAUUGACGUCAUUGUGAAAUCCCUGAAUGGUUUCCUUCCUCUCUAGCAAGUUAGGAAGGACUUCUGUAUCUUUGUAGUGACUGGGUGUAUUAAUACACCAUCUAAAGUGUAACUAAUAACUUCACCAUGCUCAAAGGGAUAUUCAAUUUCUUUUUUUUUUUGCUUGCUCGACUGAGGGACCUUACAAUUAUCUGUAUGUGUUGUGUACACAGAUGAGGUAAUCAUGUUAAACGCUAUUAUUGUCUAAUAAAAUGCAUUUGCUGGCACACACCCAGAGAAAAUUAUUUUAAUGUAGAGGUGCUGACUAAUGGUGAAUAAACUGUAAGCUAUAUAUAUAAAAAAAAAAGUGUUUUUAAACGCUAUUAUUGCACAGAGUCCAUGCAACUUAUGUGACUUGUUAAGCAAACUUUUACUCAUUAAUUUAUUUGGGAGUCGAACACUUGACUCCAGACAUUUUUGACAUUAUGGGCUAUUAUGUGUAGGCUGGUAACGAAAAGUAUCUAUUUUAAAUUCAGGCUAUAACGCAACAGAAUGUGGAAAGAGUCAAGGGGUGUGAAUACUUUCUGAAGGUACUGUAUAAAGGAGAAAUAGUAUAUUACCCUGUACGUUUUUGUAUUAUAGUAUCUUAUAUAAUAGUAAUUGGUUUAGGGAGGCUCAUAUACUACAUAAUUUGUCAUCAAUAAUUAAGCUCAUGACAUCCACAGCACAUAUCUGACUUUUAGAGACCCCUAAGGAGAAAAAACAAACACGUUAACCAAACAAAUGGGUCAUAUGAAAAAGAGAGACUGAAGUUAUAGAAUAACUGGUUUGUUACUUAUGCUGCAAAUGUAUAAAGACGCUUUGCUUAAUAAGAGUGCAUUUUGGUGUAUUCACUAUGUACAAUCUAACAUAUGGAGCAUUUUAAUUUGCCUAUAGUUAAUUGACAUGUGCGUGUCACACGAGAGUAAUUUUGAAUAUUGAUUAGCUCCCAAUGUGUUUAUUCUAGAGAUUUACUGUUUCUUUCCGUGGCUGCAGCUCAAUCCCCUUUCCACUGAUAUAAAGCUUGGCCUAUGUCAUAAUAUAGUGUUUGUGAAAGCGGUGUUUUUCUACACAUGAGAGGAUCCAGACAAGAAAAUUGUCACAAAAUCAUAUUUAAAACUCAAGCCUUUUGAGCUGGCAACUCAUACGACCCCAUCAAAGAGGAGACUCAAACAUGACAAUGUCGUCUGAACUUUGACACCCACGUCUUAAUUUCAAAGAUGUCUUCUCACAGAAGUCCGUUUGAGCUACAAACUAAUAUUCACCAACAUCAACAGAUAAGACUCUCAAACAUUUAGCACUCACUUGUUUUACUGUACAUCGCACACAAGCUUUAGGGGCGUCAUCGGAAGGUAACCUGUGAAAAUAGCACACCAUGAAUAGGGUAUAAAAAGUGCCAUAAACAAAGUGACUAAAUAUGUGUGUGUGUGUGUAUAUAUAUAUAUAUAUCCAUAUUUAGUCACUUUGUUUAUGGUACUUUUUAUACCCUAUUCAUGUUGUGCUAUUUUCACAGGUUAUAUAUAUAUAAAUAAAAUGUUGCUUAUAUCUCCUACAUAUAGACCCAGUCGGUAUUACAUGGACCGUCGCGGCACAGCCUGCCUGUUGGGGAAACAAACUGUGAUAACUCUAUUGGCUCACAACAACAACUUGACCUUUUUCAAAACACAGUUUUGUUGUUGUCUGCUUGUUUUAGUCAAUUACAAAACUACAUUUAAGAAAAGUACAUGUAUAAAGAUAACUUUUCAGCAUUGCCUGCGCCAUAGCAUUCUCAUUACUUAGAAAGAUGUAAUAUUGUAGGUCUUCCCUCAUGCCCCUUUUCAUGACGAAGCUUGCAGCCAUUCGAGCGAGCGUGUGUGCUAGGUAGCUACCGACCGGAACAUUAAGCUAGCCAAGACCAACAACACAAACAAACUGACUAUACAGAUACAAGUAGUGGGUGGAGUUACAAACUGACUGUACUAAACACUCUUACGCUGAAUAGCCUGAAGCCACAGGGCUCUUCUCGCAGGCUCCAUUUUCCUACGUGGGAGCAUUGCAACAUCAACGACGGAUUUGGCUCUUGUACAAUGGAAAUAUUUCUUUUCCCCAAUUUGUGAGCGUGGUCGAGGGGAAUUCCUUAUUAUUACGUGACUAUUGACUCGAACUAUAGGACAGACAUGUUCUUUUUAUUUCUUUUUGGGCUGUUUUGCCAUUUAUGAAUCUGUUAUCAAUGUGUUUCUAUGGGCUAUAACAGUAAAAUACGAAUUCAUUAUUUUAUACCUACAGGGGUCCUAAAAAGCUAUUUAGCUAAAUGAUCCAUGGUAUGACUAUCUUAAAACAUGUUAGCUUAGUAGAUAACGCGAACCAAGGGCUUAGAUCAGACGUUCAAAUAAAAUGACUGAUAAGAGCAGGGACUGUAGAUUCUGAACUUGUAUCAUUUUAAUUGUCAGUUCAUAUUCAAUGGAUGCAAAGAGAUAUACUGAUCGUUUUACUGUAUUUCUUAAUGUAUUGUUAACAUUGACCACAAUGUUACUUUUGUUCUCCACCAUUAGGCAAAAUAAAGUACUCUGUGAAAUGGCUGUUGCUUUAGACAAAAACUACAAUAAAAAUGUCAGUCUAAUCUUGUCAUGUCAGACUAGUCUUGUUUUUAUCAAUACCCAAAUACAAUAAAAUCAAGUAUAACAUG